UGAAAGAUCUAAUAACUCAUUUCUGUGUUACUUUGGCAACAGUGUCAGUUAGAAAAGAAAAAAUCUACGGACAAAAUCGGAAUCAACGGGUCAGGCUUUUUACAGAUCAGUGAUCAGUCAGAAAACUGCAAUCGGUGCACCCCUAAAAAUGAAGUCAGUAACUCCAGUCACAAUCUGCAUCACAUCAGGCAGAGAUAUCAGAGCAUCAGUGGACGGGCAGCAAGUUUUGGCUGUUAAUAUAGUUAUUUGUAGAAGAACCAAAGUGUGAAAAUAGGGAGGAAAGAAUGCUGGUGAUUUUUGAGGUAAAAGAUGACAUAAACUAGGCUUCUGUCUCAGCAGCAGUUUUACAAUUCACUACAGUGAAUUUAAGACUUUGUCUAUCAGGUUGGUAAUCACACAGUGUGGACCCUGCUUAGGAUUACAAAGACAACUAGAAAGUGGAACUGGCUAGGAAAAGCCUGAUCGGAGUGUUUCUACAUGCAGGGUUUUGUGUGUUUGCAGUUCUGCAGAUGAAGUGCAGUAAAACUGCCUAGCAACACCGACACAUCUGCAGCAUCCCUGUUCUAACCACCAUCAACUUUAGAGUGCUCAUAGUUUCAAAACCUUCAUUGUUUUUAACAUGGAUGCUGAGCUGAUUGGCUGAUAUAGUUGUUUUAGAAGGCGGCUACUUUAUAUUCAGCUAAUAUUUAAAUAUUACAACGUCUGAUCUCUUCUGCUCAACAAACCUUUUGUUGCUAGAUAUUGGACCUUUUUUCCUACAUUGCAGUUUUUGUUGUUUGUUUUUUUACAUGCAAGCCCAGCUUUGCUUUUUCUCUCGCCAUCAUCUUUUGUUGGGAUUGUUUUGUCGCCAUCCCACAAACUGCAGCUGCUUCUUCCUGACAGUGAUGAGAGCGAAAGGACAAGCAGUAUUCUCCUGCUUGCCAAGAGGAAUCCCUUAGUUUUCCAGGUGGCAUGGCUAGGAGGUUGCAGAGGGGCGGGGUGUUGCAAACCAAAUUCCUAAGCCUCCCUGAGAGGAUGCGGGAGGAAACGCAUAACACCCCCACCUUCUCUGCUGCAACAUCACAAGGGAGGAACAAUAACACGCCGCAGUCUGUCCUCCUCAUUCAUUCUUUUUAGGCUUUUGCGGAGCAGCGGAGGGUGUAAGCAGCUCAGAGGAGGAGGCAGGGAGGGAGACCGACAGAGGGAAGAUGUCCUCCCCGCAGGUCUCCUCAUCCCGCAGACAGUCGUGCUAUUUAUGCGACCUGCCCCGCAUGCCCUGGGCCAUGAUAUGGGACUUCACCGAGCCCGUGUGUCGGGGCUGCGUUAACUACGAGGGCGCGGACCGGAUCGAGUUCGUCAUCGAGACGGCCCGCCAUCUGAAGCGGGCUCAGGGCUUCCAGGACAGCCGGUCCUCUGCAAGCGGACUGCCCGCGCAGCAGCAGUCCGCUGCCGCGAAGAGCCAGGCGGUUUUACUGAGUGGGAAGGAACCUCUGGGGCAGCUGAACCACUACCAGGCGGAUGGACAAGGGAAGUCUCAGCAGCCCAGUUUGGACCGAUACGCACAGGUAGCGGACAGCCGGGCUCGGUUUGACUACUCGGUGCACAGCUGCAGCAGCAGACCGCCUAAUGGAUUCGGAGGGCUGAACGGCUUUAAAACAGAUGACGGACCACCUGAGCUGAACCGGCAGAGUCCAAACUCCCGGUGCAAAAGCAACGGUGGGCUGGUGUCAGCACCAGCCCAGAUGACCGUACCGCCGAACCUCAUGCCUCAGACCGGAAUGAACGGACCGACUUCGCAUAGCUUGGCGGGCAGACCCCCUGCCAGCUCCAUGGUGGUCGUCUCUCUGCCCGGCCAGGUGGGACACUCCGAGCUGGGUGGAAAGCGACCCGCCUCCGUGUCGAGCACAGACCAGGAGCGGGAAAUGAAGGAGAAGCAGCGGAACGCGGAGGCUCUGACUGAGCUUAGCGAGAGCCUGCGGAACCGACAAGAAGAUUGGGCAAGCAAGCCGAAACCUGUGCGGGAAACGCUUGUCCUCCUCUCCGGGUGCACACCGUUUGAUGUCCGCUUCAAGAAGGACCACGGUCUGGUCGGCAGGGUGUUCGCUUUCGACGCUGUGUCCAAAACCGGGAUGGACUAUGAGCUUAAAAUAUUUAUUGAGUACCCAUGCGGCUCCGGGAACGUGUUCUCCAGCGCCUCGGGGGUCGCCAAGCAGAUGUAUCAGGACUGCAUGAAGGACUUCGGCAGAGGCCUGUCUUCUGGGUUUAAGUAUCUGGAGUACGAAAAGAAACACGGGUCCGGGGACUGGCGCCUUCUCGGAGACUUAUUACCGGAGUCUUUGCGGUUUUUUAAAGAGGCAGUGGGGGAGGAUAUGCUGCCGCAGCCUUACAUCGACGGCAGCUGCCCGCUGCUGCCAACAUCACUGGUUCUUCCAGGUCGAGCUUCGGCUUCUGGCAGUGGGAGUAGCACCACCAGGGCCGGGGCGAGGAAGAGAAAAGCCUCCCCGGAGCCGGACUCUGCUGAGGGCAGCCUGAAGUUGACGGAUGAGCAGCAAAGGCAGCAGUGGAUCAACAGCCAGGCUGAAGCUCUCAAACUCUCGAUGGCUGCGGGCUCGUUUGCUGGGCCUCCACCCCCGCUGACCCCGGGGCACCCCGGUGUCUCCUCCGGCCGCACCACACCUCCAGAUGCCGCGGCACCUCAGAACAGGCAGUCCCCGAUGGCUGCGCUUUUGUCAGUGGCAGACACGCUGGGGAACGCGUACUCUCCCAACAAAGACAGAGACUCUGUUCACUCCACCACUUCCUCGUCUAGACACAAUAGCAGCAGCCCAGUAUCUCCCCCCUCCGUGUCCGGCCAGAGGCGCCUCUCCUCACGGACUGGAGACACCGGGCUGUCCGCAGCGUCGCAGUCCGCCGGUGCCAUGGACCAGCUCCCGUCUCAGAGCGUGCCCGAUUCACCGAUGGCCAACAGCGGACCUUUGUGCUGCACUAUCUGCCACGAACGCUUAGAGGACACGCAUUUUGUCCAAUGUCCCUCCGUCCCUAGCCACAAGUUUUGCUUCCCGUGCUCCAGAGAGAGCAUCAAGGCCCAGGGGGCGUCUGGGGAGGUGUACUGCCCCAGCGGGGACAAAUGUCCCUUGUUGGGCUCCAACGUGCCCUGGGCUUUUAUGCAGGGGGAAAUCGCAACCAUCCUGGCUGGAGAUGUGAAGGUUAAGAAGGAGAGGGACCCGUGAGGAGAUUGAAGAGAACCCUUAAUGUCAACCUAACUGAGAGAGAGAAAAAAGUAACAUAUCAUGACCACAUAGUGGUUCUGCUGCUGAGCCUCAAAACCCCCCUUUUCUACAUGAUUAGAGGAAAAUGUAUAAAAUAAUAAUAAUAAUAAUAAUAAAAUCAGUUUGCUCCUAAUUUUUAGAUCAAUGCAUUUUAGUUACCUGAUGAAGCUGCUUCUCUGAUAGUUUCAUUAGAUGACACAAAAAUUACUUUUGCUAUCAUGAUUAAAAUAACUUUGUAGGUUGUCUUGUUGUUUGAAUGAAAUCUGUGCGUCAAUGUGCUUUUUAUGUCGCAUUUUGUUUGACCAAAUCUGUUGAAACAAAAAAAAUAUUCAUCAGGUUUUUUCAAACUUAAACAAUUACUUUUUGCUUUCUUUAAGAAAGCACCUAAACAGUUGAUAAAAUACUAUGUACCAAUGAAUGAAAUUGUAAUAAUUCUUUUACCAUGUCAUAUUUGCAGGAUAUCUGUUUAUUGGUGCUUUACCUUCCAACACUUUAAAUAUAUACAACAGAUUUCCUGUUUAAAAUGUGGUGUUAGUACUAAUAUUGCAGUGAAGGACCUAUUAACUCUUCCUCCACUACUUUGUAUACAUGUUAUUAAGUAUAUAAAGAGUGCUCGGAUGUUUAGAUUACAGUAUAAAAAUAAAGGUAGAGUUUGGUAGUGAAGACAGUUUCCUGUUUCAUAUCAGUAUUUCUCUCCAGUUGGUUCUGCUGUUAUCCUGCAGUAUUUUAAUGGAUCAGAAAAGCUCUAAUGUUCUUGUCUGGUCUUGAAAAAGGUAGCGCUGCUCCAAACUUACUGGGUGGUGAUGUGUUGAUGUCUGACUGUCUCUGCUGGAGCCCUAACAAAAUUUAAAGAUGGUUGGUAUUUAAAGGUGUAGUUCCACUGCAGGGAACAUUUUCUUGGAACCACAGUAGUUUUGUGGGGGAAUUAUUCCCUUCUGCAUUUCCACAGCAUUUAUCAAGGCAAAAACAAAUGACCAGAGUAGAAAAUGACUCCAGAAAAGAACCUGGUUAAGAAGUAACAGUUUUGAGUGCAGCGCUGUGAGGGAAGACUGCUGAGUAUUUUGCACUGGUUACCUCCUACUUUUUUUUUAACAUUAGCUGAAAAAUAUCCUAAAUCAUCUUCCUUCAUUUACUGCCAAUCCGUGGUAAAAGAGGAAGUAUUUUCUUUGCUCUGAAGAAUAUUUUAGGGUUCUGAGUGGUUUAUGUUCUGUUGCACAAACCACCGCAACACCUUAGCAUCAGUGACAGAUUUUUAAAGAAACCAUUUGUUGCUGCUGUGUGUCUGUGGUUCAUGCUCCUACGAGAUAUUACUAGAACCCCGGGACUUCGUCCCAGUCAUGGCUGCUCGUCUCCUUCCCUUACCUCUGAAGCAAUGGAACACCAAUGUCUGCAUUGGUGAAAUACGUUUGAGGUUUCCGUGGAGGUUUUUGUGACUCUACAUAAAGUAUAAAGCAUAGUUACUGUAAAAAAAAUGUUUAUAGUUUUAUUGCUAAAAUCAUCUGUUUUAAAUCCCUGUUAGAGGAUUCAUUCUCCCACUCUAUGAAGAGCAAGAGUUGGGCUGACACCCCUACAGUAGGAGGAGCCAUGUAUGCAGUGGGAGGGGCUACUGCUGUCAAUAACCUUGUUUUGGACUUUAUAGUGAAAAGAUAGUUCCAGAUUUUAUAGUGAAAUGCACCUUAAAAUCCUUAAAGCUCAUUUUAAAGAUUUUUCUUUAUUAAUUUUACUAGUUGCAAUUUUAUUGUGAAAUAAUUAAGGAAAAGAUUUUUAAUUUAUAUUAUUUAAGGGUUAAAACAGGUGCAAUUAAAGCAAAAUGUAAAUCACUGCAGUCUGUCCGUGGUAUUAGUAUAAAAAAGGAAGUUGAGAGAAUAUUUGACAUUUUUUCUGCUGAAUUUCUAAAGUGAGUUAAUUAAUUUUAAACUGUACAUUAUUUAUAUUGUCUAUUCACCAGAUUUUGAACUUAAAAAACAGAAAUGUAUUAGCAUCAUAACAAGUAUUGUCAUACUUUAUGAAUUCGAAUGGAAAACUAAUAUUGAUGUUGAUGAGUUUCAAAAUUUAUGACAUAAAGAGCCGGGUCAUUUUUAAAGACUGCAUGUGUAAAUAAUUUAACAAAUGUAAGUUUGUCUUGAACCUUUAUCCAAAUCCGCUGUUUAAAGGAAGAAUUUUUCACUAAGAAAAUAUUAAAAGGGGUUAUCGCAGAUUCAUAAUUUAAUUAAAAAAUAAAUGUGUACAUCGAAAUACUGUCUUUAUAGGUAAAUGAAGAGUUUGGAUAGGUUAUAAAUGACCAGUUUUGGGUGGAUUUAUCCGUACGGUACAGUCAGUCUUCCUUUUCCUUAGCUGACACAUUGGAAUGAAAUUGUCCAGGAUUCCUCUCCACCCCCAGAGCUGAGGUUGUAGCAGAGGCACAGUUAAACAUAAAUGUUCCACAUGCUAAUGUCUCAUAAAAACUCAUCUAACAAAGUAAAAAAAAAAGAAAAAAAAAGAAGAAAGUGGUUGUGUUUUAUGGGGAAGUGUUAUCAGUGAUGUUUUUGGAGAGCUAGACAGACUUCAUCACAUCAUAAGGGGCUGUCUAUAAGCUUAAUGAUUUCAUUCAACUUUUUAUUCCGACUGGUUAGUCAUUUUAGUAUGUUUUCAGUUGGUCUUAAAACAGUUUUGUACAUUUGGGAAUCUGUUCUGUAUUACGGACUGUGUCUUUUUGUUAUGCCCUAUUCUGUCGUGAUGCAUACAUAUGAUGAAACUAACACAUUUGAUAUUGUAAUGUGCCUUGGGGCUGAGUGAGUUCUAAUAAAUUCCAUUGGAGUAAAGUUUUCA